ACGAUCACGUGAGACCGACGACAGCGCGGCCGGGCCCAGCGCGAGAGAACAACAACACUGAGAAGAAACCACAUUUAUAUUCCUGUUUUAUUUUUUAAACGCGGACUUUAUUCGCUUCCGCUGCGGGGUUUUAAAGAAGCUGGGCGUGUCCCCUGCAGCCACUCGAGCGCCACCCUGUGCUGCCGCGCGGUAGUGGCAGCGGUAGUAGCCGUUUGUUUGUUUGUUGUUGCUGUCAGCUGUGGCUCGUGCCAUCAUCUCGUGAUCUGAGAGCUGUCCUGUCGCGCGCAUGCAGCAGAAUGGCUCCGUCGGCUCCAUUGACGGUUCUGAUGUCAGCGGCAGCAGCAGCGGCGGCAGCGGCAGCAGGGAGCGCCACUCCCCGUCCUUCAGCCCGCUGCUGCCCGCCGCCACGACGCGGGUGAGGCGCUUCAUCCAGGAGAGACGCACGCUGCCUCUACCCAGAGUGAUGGUGGUAUUCUCGGGCACGGGGAGCAGCGAGAAACCGAGCGAUGCCAUGUCUGGCUCGGACUCUGCGGAGGACGAGUUCCGAAAGCCAGCGGCCGCCUCGCCGAAGCUCAGCGGCCGCGGCCGCAGCAGCAGCAGCAGCGGCGGCGGCAGCAAGGCGUUCCGCUCCGCCCUCAGCGGCCAGGAGGAGCAGGAGUUUCCAGAGGUCAUCUCUCUGAACGUGGGCGGCAUGUACUUCACCACGCGUCUGUCCACGCUGCGGCGCUACGACGACACCAUGUUGGCCGCCAUGUUCAGCGGACGCCACUACAUCCCACGCGACGCCGAGGGACGCUACUUUAUCGAUCGAGACGGGAUGUAUUUCGGCGACAUCCUUAACUUCCUCCGUGAGGGCGAGCUUCCCCACAGGAACCGGGCGAGAGCGGUGCACCGCGAGGCUCAGUACUACGCCAUCGGCCCGCUGCUGGACAGCCUGGAGGACGUUCAGCCGCUCACCGGAGAGAAAGUGAGACAAGCUUUCCUCGAUCUGCUGCCUUAUUACAGAGACAAUCUGGAGCGCAUCGUGGAGAUUGCCAAACUGAGGGCGAUGCAGAAGAAGGCGCGCUUCGCCAAGCUGAAGAUCUGCGUGUACAAGGAGGAGAUGCCCAUCACGCCUUACGAGCGCCCGCUCUUUAACUCUCUGCGCUUCGAGCGCUCGGACAACGAGGCCAAGCUGUUCGAGCACCACUGCGAGGUGGACGUGUCCUUCGGGCCGUGGGAGGCGGUGGCCGACGUGUACGACCUGCUGCACUGCAUCGUCAGCGACUUGUCGGAGCGCGGCAUCACCGCCGAGCAGCAGUGCAUCGGCGUCUGCGACAAGCACCUUAUCAACCAUUACUACUGCAAGAGGCCCAUCUACGAGUUUAAGAUCACGUGGUGGUGAAGUGGACACUCAGAAGGACGGAUGUUCCCUUCUUUUAUAUAAACUCAGCUGAUAUUGGUUUUUUGUAUUGAAGUUGCCAAUAUUUUUUUUGCUGACGACUGAAAAAGGGAACCCUUUAAAUUAUGUUCUGAUGGAUAAAUUCAGUUUAUUAGGAACGUCUGUACCCAAACUAAUGCAACAGUGAGGGAUGUUAUCGUUCAGUUCUGGUUUUAUAGGAAGAUGUUGAAGCUUG